GACCACAGUACGUUAGUGACGAGCUCGGCGUCGCGGCUGACGAUGUGACGAUAAUCUGCUCUGUCAAGCGCACGUCGUGCGAUACGACACGGUCUAGCUGCAAAUUCAUGCUUCAGGUAAAGUGAGAGAGAAAGAGAGGGAGAGAGAGAAAAAAAUAGAGAGCGAGAGAGAUGUACUGAGCGCUCACAGAUUGGAGGGAGAGCCAUUGCGAGCGUUGCAUGUGCGCGGUGCGACAGAGCAAAGUUGCGGUGGGAAAUCGGGUCUACUCGUCGGCUCGCCGCGCGGCAAGCAAGAAGCAAAGCUCUACUAGCAAAAAGAGGCCGUCAGCUGCCGUCAGUCACACUCGAGAUUUCUCGUGAUCGGGUUGCUACUGCUGUUUGAGUGAUUGACUCCUCGAGUUUUCUCGUGCUCGCCUCAAAUCAAGGGAUGUCGACUGGCUGUGUGAGGAUGCAGGCCAACGGGGAUAGUUGUGAGCCCGGCCAAAGGAAGAAGUUACAUACUCAGACGGAGGCCAAGGUCAUGGUCGUGCUUGGUGCUCAAUGGGGUGACGAGGGCAAGGGUAAAGUCGUCGACAUGCUUGCCACUAAUGUCGAUGUCGUCUGCAGAUGUCAGGGAGGAAGUAAUGCAGGUCAUACGGUAGUUGUAGAUGGUGCCGAAUACCACUUCCACCUUCUACCUAGUGGAAUAAUCAAUCCCAGAUGUAAAUCCGUUAUAGGCAAUGGAGUGGUCAUCCAUUUACCAGGUUUAUUUGAAGAAUUGGAGGAAAAUGAGGCUCAAGGACUCGUAGGUUGGAAAGACCGGCUGAUCAUUUCUGACCGUGCCCAUAUUGUAUUUGAUUUUCAUCAGCAAGUUGAUCAACUCCAAGAAAUGGAAAAAGGAAGCAAAUCACUUGGUACAACCAAGAAAGGUAUAGGUCCAGCUUAUGCAAGCAAAGCUGCUAGAACUGGAAUUAGAAUAAGUGAUCUUGUUGGAGAUUAUGAUAAAUUCUCCGAGAAGUUUACUACCCUUGUAACAUCCCAUCAGAAAGUUUUCCCUGCUUUGAAAGUAGACAUAAAUUCCGAGUUAGAACGCUACAAAGGGUAUGCAGAACGCGUCAGACCUUUCGUGAAAGAAACAGUUCACUAUUUAUAUCAGGCAGUGAAAGAAGGAAAGAAAGUCUUGGUUGAGGGUGCUAACGCUGCUCUGUUAGAUAUAGAUUUCGGAACGUAUCCGUACGUUACUAGCUCGAAUUGCAGUAUCGGUGGAGUUUGCACUGGUCUAGGAAUUCCGCCUACUGUUAUUGGAGAUAUUGUGGCGGUAGUCAAAGCUUACACUACUCGGGUAGGUGAUGGCCCAUUUCCGACUGAGCUGUUAGAUGCCACCGGAGAUAUCUUGCAAAAACGUGGUGCUGAGUUCGGUGUCACGACAAAGAGAAAAAGGCGUUGCGGCUGGCUCGAUUUAGCUCUAUUAAAAUUCACAGCAAUGGUUAAUGGUUACACAUCAAUCUGUGUGACAAAACUUGACAUCUUGGAUACAUUGCCAAAAAUUAAAGUUUGCAUCGGAUAUCGCCUGAAUGGAAAAGAAAUAGACUACUUUCCCAGUAGCAGUUCAGAUUUAGCCAAAGUAGAACCAAUUUAUCAAGAAUUCGAAGGAUGGCAGACUAGUACAGAAGGAGUUCGCUCUUUUAAUAAUUUACCCUCGAGUGCUAAAAAAUACAUACAAACAUUGGAAGAGUAUUUAGAUAUACCAGUAAAGUGGGUAGGCGUGGGCGCCGGUAGAGAAAGUAUUAUCGCUAUCUGACAUUCAUCAUGUAAAGAGUGACAAUACUGCACCAGUUCUAUUGUAUUAUUACAGAUAAUUGUUAAAAUAUUGUUCACAAUGUGGAGCUGAUGCGCACACGAUGUAAGAAAUUUUCAACAGCGUUACUUAAGAAUGAAGGCUGAUCACAAGCCAGUCUGGAAACAGUUUGAAAACGUGCUUGAAAAUGUAUGACGUCGAGUGAUACGCUUCGUUCCCCUACAGGUUCUAUAGGAUAAGAUUUUAUUGUCCAAGGAUUUUUUUUAUUAUAAUUGCGGUCAACUAUUGUUUAAUUAUUUGAGUGCAGAUUUUCAGUUAUCACUAACUUGAAUUUCGUAACGGUGGUGAUGAUAUUGUCAUUAAUGUCCAUUGAAAUUGUUACGGUUCAGAGCAUUAACUCAUUUACAUGAUCGUAAAUGCCAAUCAACAUAAGUUCAUCAAUUUUUUACAGUUAACUUCUAUUUUUUUGUGUCUGCGUAAACGUUUGACAUUCUUUUUGUUUCCUGGCGCGUCGACUUUAAAAUCAAAUUUUUAUCUGGAAUAAAACGAAUUGGUCGAAAUCAGAAAAAGUAUAAUUGUAUAGAAAUAGAAUUUGAAUUAAUUGUGCAUAGAAAUAGAAUUUGAAUUAAUUGUGCAUAGAAAUAGAAUUGAAGAAGGAUGAAUUGAAAAACACGAAAUUAAAUAUAAUAAUUCGUACGUGACAAAUGUAAUUGUGAACAUAUACAUUUUUUCGAACUUUUCUAAGAAUCUCGUUUUUUGCCAAGAGAUUUGACCAUUUUUUCCAAAGCUAAAAUACUGUAUUCUAUAUUUUUCUGCGAUUAUAUUUGAAUGUUUCAUUCAAAUAAAAAUUCUUAAAUAAAACGAUAACCACCUUUUCUAUUUAAUAUCUAAUAAAAAGAAAAAACACGAACCUACUCUACUUUAAGGAAGUUGUAAUACCUCUGAUAAGUACGUGACAUUUUUAUGGAUCAGCUCAAGUUUGCUAAAAUUCAAACAUAUCAAGUAAUAAAGUAAAUAUUGUACAAUAAAGCGUAGAUUAUUGUACAAUAAUGCUUGGGGUGUUGUAUUUAAAGUACUGGAAAACAGUGCGCAAGCGGAAGGAUCACGCGUACUACUUGAAGUAUUAUAUAUUAUCGAUACCAAAUGAUACUCUCUCGUCACCAGCGUUGGUCGGCGACCCGAUGCUCAAUGUUGCAAUCAAUCUUGGGUAUGUUCCGUAUCCAACAAGUAAUGUUGGAAACCAGUUUAACGGAUCAGUGAUCUAGAAUGUCGAUGAAUUAAUGUGAAGCGAUGUAAGGGGAUUGUUAUUGAAAUCUACGAGCCGCAAGAAUUAAUCGAUACGUGUUUUAACAAGGACGUUUGUUCCCUUCCUUCGCAUCUCGAGUUUUUGCAUCGUGCCUCGCUUUCCUCUAAGUACUUGUACGACGACGAAGAAGCAAUUACUCGAAUCUCCGACAGCGUGAUUCUAGCGAGUGUAAAUUAUCAUUGCG